UUUAUUUUGACAGUCGACCAAGGGAUGGGCAAGAAGGACAAGAAGAAGAACAAGGCCAAGUCGGACGACCACGCCGACAAGAAGCUCGAGAAGCGCCUCAAGAACGCCAUCAAGGCCUCCGGCGAGCAGGACAUUGAAGAGCUCAUUGCCGAGUUUGCGCGCCAGGACGUCGCGAACGCAACGGUGACCGAGGUCGUCCUCGAAGGCGCUCCGAGUCCGCGAGCGAACGCCUCGUUCACGCCGCACCCGACCAAGGACGAGCUCAUUGUGUUUGGCGGAGAGCUCUUCAAUGGCGACAAGUGCUACAUGUACAACGACUUGUACUUUUACAACAUUGCGAAAGGCCAGUGGCGCCAGCUGCGCGUCCCGAACGGCCCAACGCCAAGGUCGUCGCACCAAGCCGUCGCUGUCGAUCGCGGCGAAGGUCAGCUCUGGCUCUUUGGUGGCGAGUUCUCAUCACCAUCACAAUCACAAUUCCACCACUUUAAUGAACUCUGGGUGCUGCACUUGGGUGCAUCGCCACGGUGGGAGCGCGCCUAUCCUCGCGAUCAGUCGGCCGCAGCGCCCGGCGCCGCUGCCCCAGCUGCUGCUGCCAAGGCGUCGAAAAAGGGCGCGUCCGCCGCCGCGAGUGUCGGUAGCUCUGGCCCCUCCGCACGCAGUGGACAUCGCAUGGCCGUGUACAAGCGCCAGCUGAUUGUGUUUGGCGGCUUCCACGACACAAACGCGGCAGCGCGUUACUUUAACGACCUUUACCGCUUCGACAUGGACUCGUAUGCGUGGACCAAGGUGGACACGGGUGUUGUCGCCGCCGCUGCGGCUGCCAAUGCAGCAGCUGGUGGCAAUACCAACACGGCCAACAGCCCGUCGCCGCGAUCCGGCUUCCAGAUGAUUGUGAACGGCGACACGCUCUACCUGUACGGCGGCUACUUUAAGCAGCACCUCAAGGGCGAAAUCGACAAGGGCGUCACUUACACUGACAUGUACGCGCUCGACCUGAACGCGUGGAAGUGGAGCAAGGUCAAGCGAUCUGGCGACGCCCCGUCCGCGCGCAGUGGAUUCAGCAUGGUGAUGGGCAAGCGCAUGGCCAUCAUGUUUGGCGGCGUCUUUGACGAGGAGACCGAAGACGAGAUCGAGGGCACCUUCUUCAAUGACCUGUACGCCUUCAAUUUGGAGAAGAAGCGCUGGUUCCAGAUUGUGCUGCAAGGCGACAAGGAGGGCGCUGAGGGUGAGGACUCUGCCACCAAGGAGAGCAAGGACGAGGCUGCUGUGGAGCCGCUUCCGCGCAUCCAAGCCCACUUGGCCGUCAAGAACAACACCAUGUUCCUGUGGGGCGGCAUUGUCGAGGAGGACGAGAAGGAGCUCACCCUCGGCGACAUGUACUCGUUGGACAUUUCAAAGCUGGAUUCGUGGCGUCUCUUGUACGCACCCGACGGCUCUGCCUCGACUUGGAUUGGCACGAAUGAGGACGACGACGACGACGAAGCCGAAGAGGACGACGAGGAUGACGGCAAACGCAAAAAGUCUUCUCGCAAAAACAAGGCUGCCAAGGACGACGAUGAUGAUGUGGACUGGAGUGGCAAGGCCCGCGCCAAGGGCAAGGGCAAGGGCAAGGGCAAGCCAGCACCUGCACCUGUCGCCGCCAAGACCUCCAAAGCCCCAGCAGCGCAACCGCAAACCAAAGGUCGCGGCAAGCCCUCCAGCGACGAGGACAGCAGCAGCGAGGAAGACGAUUCAGACGAUGACGAUGACGAUGACGAUUCGAGCGAAGAGGAUUCUGACGAUGAUGAUGAUGAUGACGAAGACGAGGACUCAAGUGAUGAGGACGAGCGACCUGCGCCCAAAAAAUCUGGCAAAGCUGCCGCUCCAGUGGCUCCCAAGGGCAAAGCCGCUCCAGUAAUAGCAAAGGGCAAAUCCGCUCCUGCCCCAAGCAACAAAAAGUCCAGCCGUCCAGUCGAGUCAUCAUCAUCCGAGGAAGAAGAGUCCGACGAGGACGAGGAAUCCGACGAGGAAGAAGAAGAGUCCGAAGACGAGGAAUCCGACGAAGACGACGAUGAGGAUGAUGAUGAUGAUGAUGCUUGAGGCAACGUUCGUCAGUCGGAUAAGAACUGUGCACGUCGUGACUGAUUGUGUGUUUGUUGUCGUGCAUUUGUUUUGAGCGGCAUUCAAUGAUCUCCACCAAUCAACCGCCCCCAAUGCUUUUGCAUCAUUGUCCAGCACUCUAGCUCUGAUGGCUCAGAGUAUUGAUU